UACGGAUUAGUGGAUUACUCUGGCCUUUGGCCCAAAAUUUCCAAAGCUCAAAAAUAAGAAAGAGUUCAUCUUCGUACCAAAUCGAAGUUCCAAAAUUCCCAAAAAACAAUGGGGAAAACCUCAAAAUCAAAGACGAAGAAGAAGAACAAGCAAUCAGAUGAUACUGAUACUGAACCUUCAUCAUCGUCUCCUUCAUCUUCAAGCUCCGACGAAGUCGACCGCACUUCAAAACGCCGCCGUCGACGGCACCGGAACCAUGGCGGUGGUGAAGACUACGACGAAGAAGACGACGAGAAGCGGAGUUCGAGGAGAGAUAAAGACAAACGGAGGCCAAAAAGAAAAAGAGAGCGUCGCGAAAGAGAUAGUGUAGAGAGAAAGCAUCGCAAAAGCAAACGACGGUCUCGUAGGGAUUCGAAGAAGAAGAAGAUUUCUGAUUCAGAUGAUGAGAGUGAGUUUGAUUCUUCCGGUGAUGAGUUUUUGGAAGCUGUGAGUGUUGCUAGGGGCUUGUUGCUGGAGUUUCCUGGUGUUGCUGGAGAUCUUAAGCAGCUCCUGCAAAUGAUUGAUGAUGGACAAGCCGUUGACAUCAAAGGAAUUUCCGAAAAGCCUCUAAUGAAGCAUCUCAAAAAGCUGUUUGUUUCCUUAAACCUCAAGGAAAAGGGGGACAGGGUAUUCUUGUUACGAUCUAGGGCUCGUCCCACUUUGGAGGUUAUUGGGCCUGUGUUACAGAGUGAAACGAAUGAGCAGAAAUCAGGGGAUACCCUUCCUUCUCAGCCUGAUGGUGAUGCUGGCAAAGUUACUGACGAUAUACCUUCAGCUACCAUAGGUCCUAAGUUUGAAGCUUCUGCUCCUCGAAGGAGGGUCAUUGGCCCCGAGAUGCCAUCUGCUGAGUUGCUUGCUGCAGCCGCCAAAUUGACUGAAGCUGAGGCUGAGCUUAGGGAAGCCGAAACGGUGCAAGAUGACAAUGGAGAAUUUGUUGGUCCACCACCUCCGGCGGUUGUCAUUGAGGCUGAAUCAUCUAAUGAGGCUGAGCGUUUUGAAGAGGUUGCUAGAAUUAUGGGAGGAGAGUCGGAUAGUCCUUAUGAUAUUGUGGGAGUUAACCACAAGAUGCCUGCUGAAAAUAUAAAGAAGAGGUACUGGAAACUGUCACUUAUGGUGCAUCCAGACAAAUGCCCUCAUCCACAAGCUCACCAAGCAUUCAUUAAACUGAACAAGGCUUUUAAGGAUCUGCAAGAUCCAGAUAAGAGAAAAGCAUUAGAUGAUAAAAUUAAGAAAAAAGAAGAGGAAGAAGAAAUGAAGGCGGAAUUAAGAUCAAUGCGUGAAGCUGCACAAUGGAGGCGGUUACAAGGUUUGGCUAUGGAAGGAGAUGAUAUAUUGCUUGCAGAGUUAGAUGCGAAAGCUCCACCACAACGGGAUGAAUGGAUGACGACCCUACCUCCUGAAAGAAAGCCUGGUGGUAUGCCUACACACACUACAAACUUCAGCAGAACCGCUAAAGAAGGGCGGGGUGAUACCAGUGCUUGGACGGACAACCCUUCAGACCGGGCUCAGAGGGCAAAAAUGAAUUAUUUGGAAGCCUAUAAUGAAACAACAGCACUUGCUACUAAUGAAGUAGACAAGAAAGCCUCUGACAUGGAUGCUGUUUUAGUAGACCAAUAUAACAAAGCCAAAAGAUCGAAGACCUUGGUAGAGAAACACCAAGAAGAGUCUCAGAAAAGCCGUUCGAAAAAGAAGUCGAAACAAGGGCAGAACUCGGACGGAGGAGGGGGAGAAUGGGUGGGGAAUCACCCAUGGAAGCCUUGGGACCGAGAAAAAGAUCUCUCGGCUGGGCGGCAGGAUGUUAAACUUGAUGGUGAGAAUUUGACUCAAGGUUUGACUUCUAGAUUUUCUUCUAGUUCGUUUCAGAGGAGUUUCCUAUGAAAUCUUAGACCUGAUCAUCUAUAGCCCGGCCUCUGUCCCGGUCCGAAAAAGGUACGGGUUUGGGCACCAUGAAAUAUGCAUUUUAUACCAAAACCCGAACCUGGCCUGAAAAAUCGGAGCCCGGCACGCACCAAAUUUAUGGGUCUCGACAUGAUUUUUUGUGUUAAAAGACGGCCCGGCCUGCCCCGAAAUUUGAUCACCUCUACUAUGAAUGAGAUAAGGAGUUUUGUCUAUCUUCAGAACUUUGAGGACUUGGUAAAUUUUUUUUGUAACAAGUAACAAUCGAACAUGUAUAAAUUAUGGUGAUUACCUUUGUAAUUGAUGUUUUUAUUUAGAUGUAAAAUUUUGAUUGAUUCUGAAAAACAAAGUGAAUCAAUGAAAAUGGUUUUGACCAUCAUUAUUCCCA